GUAGAACUAGUUCUGUGAUCAUUGUAUUAUAAUUUACGUAAACGAGAAGUAAUAAAGUUCAGAUAAACUUUGAUACGGAAGCCUUUCUAUCGAAGUACCAUGCCUCUCCAUCGCUAUACUCAUGCAGUUCUAUGUAGAAUUCCUCUUUCGCUUCGUACAAGAGGCGAGGUCACAUUAGACGAAGCUAGAACUCAACAUUUGGCACUUGCUCAGCUUCUACGAGAACUCGACAUCGACGUUGUUGAAAUGCCACCGGAUGAAAAUUCACCGCUCUGUGUUUUUGUCGAAGAUAUCGCAGUUGUGUGCAAUGGUAUUGCACUUAUAGCACGGCCCAAUGAACCAUCGCGCCUAAAAGAGAUUGAGACAAUUAGAGCUGUUUUAAAGAAGGAAUUGGAAAUUCCACUUAUAGAAAUAGCUGACAAAAAUGCUCGUCUAGAUGGAGGAGAUGUUUUAUUUACUGGUCGUGAAUUUUUUGUUGGAUUGUCUCAUUAUACUAAUGAAGCAGGUGCAAGAGCAGUUGCAGCAGCAUUUCCAGAAUAUCCAUGUGUACCUAUUAAGGUGGGUGAUGGUGGUGAAGAGGUGAUAGUGGAGAGUCUUACCUCAGCCCCAAUUCAGGUUGCUGAAUCCAAGCGUCUUAAAGGUUUAGUUACAAUGGCUGGCCCUGAUAUUAUUUGUGUAGGUGCUGGAAAAGAAUCUCAAGAAGUCUUGAAGAGAAUUGAGAGGGAAGCAACUUAUAGUUACCAAACAUUAACUGUGCCUGAAGAUGCUGCAGCGAAUGUACUUUAUGUUAAUGGAACUCUAAUUCAUAGAUCAGAAGAUGAGAUUCCACAAUCAAGUAAAGUUUUUGCAGAAAAAAUUGAGUUUCCAACCAGAUCCUUACGUAUGUCUGAAUUAGCGAAGGUUAGUUCCGGUUUAACUUCUUGUUGUUUACUGGUGCGUAGACCCAGACAUAUUCGCAGUAUUUAAGCUAUGGAAUGAAGACCAGAAACCUAUGACAACCUAGCAAACGUGUUAAAUUGCUAGGAUCAUAUAUUGAUGUGAACCAUAAAAUCAAGAAUUUAAAUAUUUCUAAUAGGAAAUAUUACC